AUGCUACCUAAAAAUCCUGUUAGUGAUAUUAGUACUCUUGUAUUAAAACAAUAUAAGAAAAUGUAUGAAGAAAUCUGUUUAAGGUUCAAAUUUGAGAAAGAAGCAUCAUCUAAAGAACUUGAAAUAUGGAAAGAUAAAUACGAAACUCUAUAAAAAAGAUGGGAUACUCUUAAUUAAUUAAAAGAGAAAUAAGAUGCAAAAAUAAAAUAAGAUUUCAAUGAUACUAAGACUUUAAAUUAAGUACCAAAAACAUCUGGACAUUAAUAAACUACAUUAUUGCCAAAUACAGAAAAAUAAUAAUAUUAAAUCUUAAUUUAAUAACUUAAUGAUUAAAUAGCUAAAUAAAAAAAAUAGAUAUAAGAUUUAAGUGAUAAAAAUGAAAAACAUUCAAUUGAUAAUAAAAAACUAGAAAUUGAAAAUAAAAAAUAUUCUGAAUAAUUAAAUUAAAUUAGAAAAACAUCACAUCAUAAAUUUAAUGAUUAAUAAAUGCUAUAAUAUGAAGACAAUAUAUAAAAAUUUAUAUAAACUAUUGAUGAAAUGAAAAAUGAUAAAAAUAAUUAUGAAAAAUAACUUGAAAAAUUAAUUAAAGAAAACUAAUUAUUGCAUUAAACUAAUGAUGAUUUAAAAAAAUUAAUUCAUGAACAUGAUAAAGGUUAAUAAUAAAAAAAUUAAUUUUAAUUAUAAGUAACAGAAUUAGGAUUAAAAAAUAAUCAAUUAGAAAAAUUGGUUAAAGAUUUAGAAAAAUAAUAAUAACAUUAAUAAGAUAUAUCUAAAUAAAAUGCUAAAUAAAUGGAAGAUAAAUAAUAAGAAAUUUAAUCACUAUAAAAUAAAGUAUAGGAAUAUUAAAAAGAACUAUCAAAUCUAAAUUAACUUUAAGUUGUUUAUAAUGAAUAAUAAUAAUAACUUUAAUAAUUGGCUUAAGUAAUAUAAGAAUUAGAAGGAAAACUAUAAGAAUCUACUAAUCCAUAAUCAAAUGAAUCAGAUAUUAAAUAAAUGACAUCAAAAUAUGAUGAAUUAUAUUUAUAAUAUACUGAUCUAUAAACUUAAGAUAUUAUGAAAUAAGAAUGGCUUAAUUUAUAAAAAUCUUAACUUGAAGAUCUUAAAUAAGAAAAUGAUUAAUUAAAUUAAAAAAUUGAAGAAUUAUAAAAAUUAAAUAAUGUUUUAAUUGGUUAAAUUGAAAUAUAAAAAGAUGAAACAAAAUUAUCAUUUAGUUAAUUAUAAGAUUAAAUUAAUUCAUAUGAACAUAUUGUUUCUGAUAAAAAUGAAGAAAUUCAUAAAUUAAAAUUAGAAUUAACAAAAUAAAAAUGUAAUCUAAAAAAUGAUGAUUAUGAAGACAAAAUUAAAUCAUUAUAGACAUAAUAUGAAAAAUUAGAAUCUGAAUCUUAAAUGAAAAUAGAAUGGAUGGAAAUUUAAAAUAAUGAACUUGAAGAAUCUAUUAAUGAAUAUGAAAAAAAAAUAUAAAAUUUAGUUGAAUAAUUAAAUCAAUUAAACAAAAAUAAUCCAGAAGAUUAUAAUUAAAAGAUUAUUGAACUUAAGGAAAAUUUAUAAUAAUAUGAACUUAUAGUUAACAAUAAAAAUAUUGAAAUUGAUGAAUUAAAGUAAUAAAUUAAAGAAAUAAAUUUAAAAUAAAAUGAUGAAGACUUUUAAAAGAAAUAUUUAAAUUUAAAAACUUAAUUUGAAAAAUUAGAAACAGAAAAUCAUAUGAAAUAAUAAUGGUAGAAUAUUUAAGAAGAAGAGUAAUAAGAAUAAAUUAAUGAAUUAAAUACAUAAAUUAUUGAAUUAAAUGAUUAAUUGUCUUAAACAUAAAAUUUAAACUAAAAAUGUAUUUAUAUUAUUUUUAUUUUUAGUGUAAAAUGAUUUAUAAUAAGAAAUUGAUAAAAAUUAAUAAUUAUCCAAAUAAUCUUAAUAACAUUUGUUAGAAAUAUAAAAUUCAUUUAAUUCUGGAAAUAUUAAAAAUGCAUUAAGAAGAUCAAUUAAAAAAGAAGAAUCAUUUGAAGAUGAAGUAAAAACAAAAAAAAAUGCAGAUGAAAAAUUCAUUAAUGAUCUCAAAGAAAAGAUUCAAACUUUGAAUGAAGAAUUAGGGGAAUAUGAAGAGAAUUAAACUAAUUUACAAUAAUAAAUAGGAGAAUUAACUGAAUAGAAAAACAAAAUUUAAUUGUAAUAUGAAGAAAUGUAUAAUUAUUACUCAAGUAUCAUAAAUUAUUAUAUUAUAUUAUAGAAGCUUAUGAUUAAAUAUAAAAUUUCAUAACUUAAGUUGAAGAUCUUAAUAAAAUUAUUUUAGAUAAAGAAAAUCAAUUAGUAGAAAAUUAAUAUUAGAUACAAUAACUUGAAGAUUAAUUAUUAUAAAUGAAUGAAAUAAAUAAAGAUGCUUAUACUGAAAAUUAAGAUAUUAAUUAGAUGAAAGCAUUUUAUGAGUAAAAAUUUUUAGAAUAAGAAACCAUAAUUUAGAAUUUAUAAUAAUAAUUAGAAUAAACUUCAGAUAAAGAAUACUAUUAAAAGAUAAACUAAAUAUUGCAUGAAAAUGAGGAACUUAAAUAAUUAAGAAGUGAAAAUUAAGAAGAAUUAACUAAAAAAGAUUAAUUGAUAGAGGAAUUAUAAAUGUAAAUGUUAUCAUAGUCAUAGGUAACAGGAAGUUCAGGUAUUUAAAAUUAAUAUAUAUUUAUAUAUAGAUUUAUAAGAAAGAAAAAGAAGAUAAGAAUUAUUAGAUAAAGUAAAAGAUGACAAAUCUGAAAAAUCUGGAUCUUCUAAUGAAUAAUUGGUUAAGAAAAUUGGGAAAUAAACUUCAGGUGCAAGUGCAAAGUUAUCUCUAAAAUUAGAUUAUACGCAAGAUGUAUCUAAAUAUUCAAAACCUAAAAGUGCUACGAGUUUAGAUUUUCAAGAGUGA